AUGGACCAACGACCGUUCAAACUUCUCCGCCUUCCUACCUUGGCUCUUCAAAAUGUUCUUCAAUUUUUGAAUCCAAUCGAUUUAUUCGAAUUAUCUCAAUGCUCGCAAAAAACGAGAUUCAACAUACCUCUUGCCGGUACGAAAAAGUUCCACUGUCGUAUCAAUGUUGCAUCUUACUGCAUUGUAAUCAACAAUUACGUGUUUUGUGUAAAACGUCAACAUUGUAAAACGGGAUCCAAGUUACGAGGAAACCGAAAUUUUAUGGGAAUCAUUGCAGAUGUUGCACAUGAAUUGGAACACGAGAUAAUCAGUUUUUGGAAUAACAUAGAUAUCGGAUUGAAGAAUGUACUGUUUCACGUCACAAAAGUUUUUGACUGCACCAUUAAGUCGUUCGAAUCGCUGUGGACAAUACCAGCAGCGAUCUUCAAUUCAAUUAUUGAUUCUAUAAUCACCCGUCAGUCGGAAAUUGGAAAAUUAGCGAUUGAAGCUCAUUCAUUGACUGAUGAAGAUGUAAUGAAGAUAUUCAGCAGUCUUCGAAUCACCGAAGACUUGGAACUGAGCAGUCUUCAAAUCACCGAAGACUUGGAAUUUAGAUACCGUUUCUCUAGGUCUCAGACCAUUCCAUUUAACACCAAAUCAGUUUUGAUUAGGCACUCGUAUUGGAUCACUCCAACACAUUUGAGUGCCAUGAAAAACUGUAUAAUUAUUGACCUUAAACAGUCUACUCUAACUGACGACGAUAUGAAGUGGCUCUUGGAAAGCUGGAAACUAGGAGAAUAUCCAAACCUUGAGUACUUAUCAAUCAAGAGUGACGCACUUAGCAGAAACUUUACGGCAUUCGGACUACCUUCACUUCAAGAUACUGUAAAUCCUCAUUUCUUUAAAAAGCUUGUUCUCGGUGAACACAGAAUAGUAUAUGGUGCCAUCGAUAUUCAACGAGGCGAUGGAGCCGCCGCCAAAAUUAAUUUCGACGUCAAAGACAGCAUUGUUGAUCUUCUCGUAUUGUAA